ACAGGAAGUACACGAGCCAGACAAAGUUGCGCACUUCUGCUCCAGGAAAAAGUAAAUAGCUGAAAGCUUUUUUUGCAUCAUGAGUUCCGAAACAACCGGACAAACUAUCACCGUGAAGACGGGAGAUGAGCCGGCGGCGGAGGCGGCAGCUGGUCCAGAGAAAGCGGGGUGGAAGUGUCCUAUGGGGGACCGUCACGUUCACAGAGAAGACCUGAUAAAGGUGUGGAAAGAGUGCCACGAGGAAAGCUUCUGGUACAGAGCUCUUCCUCUCUCUCUGGGCAGCAUGGCCGUCACUGGUGGGCUCCUCUACAAAGGCAUUUGGAAUUCGUCGAAGAGAUUUGGUCCUUUUCCAAAACUAGCAGUUGCUGGUGUCGUCGGGUUCGCGGUGGGGAAAGCAUCUUAUGUUGGAACUUGUCGGAGCAAGUUUCAGGGUCUUGAGGGUAGACCAGGAUCUGGUCCUGGACACAGGUCCUGUCACCACGUGUGUGAAGAAUGUCAGAAGAAAGCUCCUGCUGCACCUGCAGAAGAAGAGAAAAGCUAAAGCCUCAUCAGAAACACUGAAGGAUUGACUGCCAGCGUGGAUCUGUCAGCUGCAGCUUUUCUGUGUCUUUAUAUAAUGCUUAUAAUUCGUAUAUAAAGUAUAUUUUGAUAUAUUGCACAUCAUAUUCAUCCAGGAGAAACCAUGCACAACAUAUCCACUAGGGGGAGCUACUUUCCUUUCAGUCAGAGAUCCAGUUUCAUCUGCAGCGUUUUAUCCGCAGGAAUACAAAGUCUCUGAAAUAAAGUGCAACAAAGGGAA